AUGCCCGAGCCUCCCACCCCCUCCAUGGGCUCCUGUGCGGCCCUAGCCUCCCCGACGAGCGCCACCCCCUGCUCCACAGACCCCAGUCCCAUCAACCACCCAAGAGCUGAGGAGUGUGAGCGCGCGGCGCGGGACUGGCAGGCAGCUCCACCUGCAGCCCAGGUGAAAACACAAGAAGGAGCCAUGUGUGAAGCAGGAAAUGGGCCCUCACCAGACACCAAAUCUGCCUGCACCUUGAUCUUGGACUUUCAGUCUCCAGAACUGUGAGAAAUAAAUUUCCAUUGUUUACAA